AUGGCAUUGCGUGUACCCAAAAGUACUCUUCCCCAACUCUUCAAGGAUGGCUAUAAAUUUCAACAAGGUAUUGAAGAAGCCGUUCUUCGUAAUAUUGAUGCCACACAUGAACUCUCUGAAGUUGUGAGAACCUCAAUGGGUCCUAAUGGUCGUAACAAGAUGAUCAUCAAUCACCUUGAAAAGCUUUUUGUUACUAAUGAUGCUGCUACCAUCAUCCGUGAGCUUGAUGUUGUUCAUCCCGCUGCCAAACUUUUGGUAAUGGCUUCUCAACAACAAGAAAAUGAAUUGGGCGACAAUACCAACUUGAUUUUGGUCUUUGCUGGUGAACUUUUGCAAAAAGCUGCUGACCUCUUGAAGCUUGGUCUUCAUCCUUCUGAAAUCGUACAAGGUUACGAAUUGGCUAGAGACCGUGCUUUGUCUAUCCUUGAAGAAUUGUCUGUUGGCAAGAUCGAGUCUUUGACUGACCGUGCUGAACUCAACAAGCUCAUCAAGGCCACUAUUUCUUCAAAGCAGUAUGGUUAUGAGGACUUUUUAGGGGAGUUGGUUUGUGAAGCUGCAUUGAACAUCAUGCCCAAGAAUGUCAAGGACUUCAAUAUUGACAAUGUGCGUGUAGUCAAAGUAAUGGGUUCUAGUAUUCAUGAAUCACGCGUUGUACGUGGUAUGGUAUUCGGCCGUGAGCCCGAAGGUAUUGUUCAAAAGGCUCAAAAUGCUAAGGUUGCUGUCUUUACUUGCCCCUUGGACAUCUCUCAAACGGAAACCAAGGGCACUGUCUUGAUUCAUAAUGCACAAGAAAUGUUGAAUUUCAGCAAAGAUGAAGAAAAGCAAGUUGAAAAGAUCUUCCAAGACUUGGCCGAGGCUGGUGUCAAAGUCGUUGUCACUGGUAAUGGUAUUGGUGAACUAUGUCUUCACUAUUUGAACAGAUAUAACAUUAUGGCUGUUAAGGUCCUUUCCAAAUUCGAUUUACGUCGUCUUUGUCGUGUCAUUGGUGCUACUGCUCUUGCACGUUUAGGUACACCUAUGGCAGAAGAGAUGGGUCAAUGUGAUAUUGUAGAGACUGUCGAAAUUGGUUCUGAUCGUGUUACCGUCUUCCGUCAAGAAGAAGCUGAGAAAUCCCGCACAACUACCAUUGUUAUUCGUGGUGCCACACAAAACCAUAUGGACGACAUUGAGCGUGCUAUUGAUGACGGUGUUAAUGUCAUCAAGGCUGCCACUCGCAAUCCUCUCUUAUUAGCUGGUGCUGGUGCCGUUGAGAUGGAAUUGAACAAACGCCUUCAGACUGUUGCUUCUAAAACACCUGGUUUGAAUCAACAUGCCAUUAAGAAAUUUGCUGAAGCAUUAGAAGUCAUUCCCCGUACACUCUGUGAAAAUGCUGGUAUGGAAGCCACUGCUGUCUUAUCUCGCUUAUAUGCUGCCCAUUACCAAGAAGGUGAUGUUGGUAUCAGUGUUGGUGUCGAUGUUGAGAACGAAAAUGACGGUACCUUAGAUGCUACUAAAGCCCAUAUCUUUGAUUCUCUUGCUUCCAAGUACAGUGCAUACAAAUUGGCUUCUGAUGCAGCGAUAACUGUUCUUCGUGUUGAUCAAAUCAUCAUGUCUAAACCUGCUGGUGGUCCUAAGCCUCUUAAGAAGGAUGGUCACUGGGAUGAAGACGACUAA